AACUAAGGAAGCCACACACCACGACUGGGGAGAAAAAAGGAAUUUUGUUAAGGUUAGCCAAACGACUGUCAGGAAGCUACCACCCAACAACAGUGGAGGAACGAGUUGGUUUCAAGUUGUCAUUUGGGGAGAAUGGCUGGGACAGUGCUCGGCGUAGGCACCGGGGUCUUUCUAAUCGCCCUCAUCUGGAUCGUGGCUCUUGUGCUUGGCGUUCUUUUCUCUAGAGCCACAGGGCCAACAAAGCUCACUGUCAUCCCAGUGUUCUUCCUGGCGCUCGUCACCACCCUCGUCCUGGUGUUCUUCCCUCGCAGCGCCGAGAUGCCCUCUCCGAUCCGAGAGGUAGAGAUUGUGGACAGCUUUUUCAUCGGCCGCUAUGUGCUCCUGUCUGUGGUGAGCCUGGUGUUUCUGGUGGCCUUCUUCAUGCUGCUGCCCAUGCACUUCCUGGAGCCAAUAUACGCCAAGCCUUUGAGGACUCAUUAGAUGCUAUAUAUACAGACAUUUUAAAUAAAAGCAAAUUUCAUCCAUGUUGGUCUUCAGUUUAUGUAAGAAUGCUAGUACUUAAAAUCAUGAAUAUUGUAUGAAAGUAGGUGCUAUCUACCGGUAGUCAUUACAGUUUCAGCUUAGCUAUAUGGUGUAUAGACGUGCAGAAAAAAACAAAUUACUAUACAAAAUACCCUCACAAAGUAUGUGAUGCUGUGUAAAUAGAGAGACUAUGUUGGUAGUCAUUCUCGUGUACUCAUGUAUUUAUGUUGUCACUUAUUGUUGGGAGGUCAUAACAGAAACCAUAUGCUAUUCAUACUUCUACCACUGCUAUUAGAGGGAGAGUGGUGGGCUACUGGUGUCUAAGGAUGAAAUUCUUUGAAUUAUUUGAAAUUAAUA